AUGGCAGGGCAAGAGGGCGCUUGCGUAACGAAACGUCUACAGAAUGAGUUGCUACAACUACUAUGUUCUACUACACGAAGUAUCAGCGCGUUCCCUGAAGAUGACAAUGAUUUGACAUACUGGACCGGAUAUGUAACGGGCCCCCAAGGAACACCAUACAGCGAUCUCAAAUUUAAAAUUUCAUUAAAUUUUCCUGAAAGCUACCCUUUCCACCCACCAAAAGUCAAGUUCGUAAGUCCAAUGUGGCAUCCAAACGUUGAUAUGAGUGGCAAUAUCUGUCUAGAUAUUUUGAAGGAGAAAUGGUCCGCAGUUUAUAACGUGGAAACAAUUCUACUAUCAUUACAAUCAUUGUUGGGAGAACCAAAUAAUAGAUCUCCAUUAAAUGCGGUGGCCGCAGAGCUUUGGGAUAGAGAUAUGGAGGAAUACAAAAAAAAGGUUCUGGCCUGCUAUGAAGAGAUCGAGGAUUGCUAG